CUUACCCUUGCGCUCACCUCCCCCCUCUCUCUCCUCUCACAUAUAAAUUUCAUCUUCCCGGCGAUUUGUCACAAACCCAACAAACAAUCCCCCCCUCUUUCUCUCUCUUCUCAAAGCAAACCCUCACCAAUUCUCUCAUUCUCCCCCAAGCUCUUCUCUCUCUUUCCCCCUCUUUGGAAUUUAUCAGUCGCUGUUGUGUAAUGGUGAUUACCGCCUCCGUGGCGGAGUACGACAAUCGACACCGAGACAACCGGACUCCGAUGUCAUCGGUGGAGGAAGACGACAGAGACGACGAUUUCAUGCCGCCAAUGGCUUCAGAAAGAUCGAAGGACAGCCUCCCUAAUUUCUCCUCCCUCCCCUGCUUCAAUGUCAAGUGGGGCCGCCGAGUGCAGCUCCGCUGUGUCAAGGAGGAGGAUGACGGUGUUGAUCAUUACGACUUCCCUCACGCCUCUUCCUCGUCCCGCCGCUCUUCGAUGACUCGGUCCGAGUUCAAUUUGGAGCGUAAGCGGAGAUCCACUGACGACGGUGGGAUCGAAGCGAUGAGAGAGAAACUCAUGUUUGAUUUUCGCGAAGAAGUCCACCAGAUGCAAGCGGCCUUCCUUAAGAAAUCCGACGUCGUCGUUUCAGCGGAAACGGUGGUUUCUUCACCGCCGGUGGAGCCGAGGCCGUGGAAUUUGAGGACGAGGAGGGCGGUUUGUAAGGAGCCGAACAAUCUCCAUAUCUCCAGUGACCGGAAGCCUAGUUUCUCACCAGCGAAACAGUCGGAGGUUAAAUCUCCGGCAAGCAGGAACAGCGCUGAAGUUAACGGCGGCGAUUGCAGUGAACGCCCAAGAGCGAAGUUUUCCGGUUCUCUCUCCAAGCAAGAAAUCGAGGAAGAUUUUCUAGCGAUGUUGGGCACCCGGCCCGCUCGGAGGCCCAAAAAACGGCCCAAAAUUGUGCAGAGGCAAAUUGAUGGAGUUUUUCCCGGGUUUUGGUUAUCGGAGAUCACAGCUGAUAUGUACAAAGUAAACGAACAUCCUCAGGCUUGAAAUUUGAAAUAGUUGAAAUGUGGAAGAUUUGGUUGUCCAGUGCAGAUUUUUAGAGGAAGAAUAUUAAUUUCCUGCUGACAAAUUGGUAAAAAGUUGACAAGAUGAAUCGAAGAUGUUGUUUGGGUUUCAAUAUCUCUCCGCUCUACUGACCGGGAAUUCAACACAAGUUUUGAAUUUUUGUGUUUUUUGUUGUUGUUGAUGUAAGUAAAGUUUCUAUGAUUAGAUGCUAAUUCUGGGUUUACGACGUAGACAUUUAUGUGUUAUUUGUUUUAGAAUGUGAUUAAUGAAGAAAUCGAAAUUGGAUUGAUGA